GGGCGGUAUAGAUCGUGUAAAUUGCAAAAUUGGGGUACAUGUAGGUCGCUCCUCCUCCAAGGACAAUCAGACUGUAAGGGAUAGACCAGCAUGUCGGUGAUCAAGGAAGACGUCGAGAAAGCUGAGCAUGCGAUUCAGCGUGCGGGAUCGCCUACAGAUAUCGAGAAGGCAGACAUUCAACGAGAGGACUACGACCACUCCUCCGAACCAAUUGCCGCACACACCGCGCAACUCGACGACCCCCACCACGUCUUGAGUUUUGCACCCGAUGAUCCCGACAACCCCCGCAACUGGCCCACGUACAAACGUUACUACAUCGCCUCUUUCGCCUCACUCCUCAACGUCCUCGUGUGUCUUUGUGCGAGUGGAUAUUCGAGUGGAGGAAGCGAGAUGGGUGCGGAGUUGGGCAUGGGAAGUGAAGUUGUCACGGUUGGGUUGAGUUUGUAUGUGCUGGGGUUCGCGUUAGGGCCUAUGGUUUUGGCGCCGUUGAGUGAGUACUACGGCCGCAACCCCGUCUACAUCACGACAUGGACCCUCUUCACGAUCUUCCAAAUCCCCCUCGCCCUAGCCCAGAACACCCCCACCGUCCUCAUCUGCCGUUUCCUCCAAGGCACCUUCGGCUCGGCACCUCUCACCAACACAGGUGGUACCGUCUCUGACGUCUUUGCCCGUGAUGAGUGUGGGUAUGCGAUGGCGAUAUAUGGGUUGUCAAGUGCGGCAGGUCCACCAUUUGCAUUGGUGAUUAGCGGGUGGAUCGUGUUGCAGAUGGGUUGGAGAUGGUUGUUUUGGGUUUAUUUGAUUGUGUUUGGGGGGAUUGGGAUCAUCAUGGUCUUGACCCUGCCGGAGACAAGACAUGAUAUCAUCCUUGCUCGUCGGGCGAAGAAGUUGGGCGCGUAUCACCCCCACCAGGACCGGAAACUGAGGGAGUUGUUUGGGGUUACGUUGACCCGACCGGUGAGGUUUUUGUUUACGGAGCCGAUUACGUUCUUUUCGGCGAUUUAUAAUGGGUUUUUGUUUGGGGUUGUAUUUUUGUUUAAUGAGGCUUUGCCGAUUGUGUUUGCGGAUGGGCAUGGGUUUAAUGUGGGGGAGUGGGGGUUGACGUUCCUUGGGUUCGUAUUGGGGUCGUUGAUCGCAGCAUUGUGUUAUCCGAUUCAAGAACAGCACUAUCUUCGGAAAGUCAAGGAAGCAGGGGGCAAGUCUGUACCGGAAGAGCGAAUUUGGUCUUCGCUGCUCGGAACGUUCUUGCUGCCUAUCGGGUUAUUCUGGUUCGCCUGGACCAGUUACCCCUCCGUCCCCUGGAUCAUCCCCAUCUUCGCCGCAGGCUGUUUCGGCGCCGGCCUCUUCAUCAUCAUCCUCGGCAUCCUGAACUACGUCGUCGAUGCCUACCAAACCUACGCCGCCUCCGCCCUCGCCGGCGUCAUCCUCGUCCGCAACGUUGUCGGCGCUGGAUUCCCAUUGUUCGCGGCCCAGAUGUAUGAAGGUAUGGGACCGCGGUGGGCGACGAGUUUGUUGGGGUUUCUGAGUUUGGGGAUGUGUUGUAUUCCAUUUUUGUUUUAUUUUUGGGGGAGGGGGAUUAGGAAGGCUAGUCCGUGGGCGAGGGAGCAUUUUGAUGGGGUGGGGGAUGCAACGCAUUAGACGGCUGCCAUGAAGGCAGCUACAGAUGGAAUAGAUAGGGCGAAGGUGAAGCAGUGGAGUGUGCUGGUUCGGGGGCAGCGCUUGAGCUUGAGGAGGACGUCGACGUCGACAUCUUGCUCCGCUUGAACUGAAGCUCGGCUGCAGCUGCCGCGAGGAUGCAGACAAUAUCGAUACCAGAUCAGCAACCGAUAGAAGAGUUUCUUAGCC